UCAAGUUCAUAAUAAUCCACGUUUAAUGGCUAAUAGGGUUAAGUAUAUGGGUUAGGCCACAAGUAGAUGUCGAAGCAACAUCCCAUUAAUAAUGUGCAUGAGUGUGUAUGUCCUAUACAUUCAGGGCAGCUCUUUUCACUCAGUCUAUGCUUGAGUUGCUUGCCACUAUUUUUGCUUCACAUGCAACCAGUGAACUUGAACAGCACACGAUGCUCCUGUAAUGUCACAUUAGAGUGGAGUCACAAAAUGGGUACAUAAUAUUCUUCAGCAUGCAGCCAGCAGUUUUAAUGGGCCGACACGUGGCUAAUUAAACCUCAUAUUUUAAUAUCAUAUUUCUGUUUGAAAAUAACACAUCGGAACGUAACAAGUUUAUUUAGAGUUCACACGAUCGGUAUGUAGCAUCCGAACUAACAGUAGCGAGUUUGCAGAAUACGAGCGGAACUGAACGCAUCACCCGGCCGUUGGUUUUCUACUCUGAUGACGUCACUUGCAGAGUUGUCAUGGCGUCGUCGAGGCUGAAGCUACCGUUGCAGUGUUGCUAAAAAAAAUCUGUCGAUAGCCUUUAAACCGAAAUGGAGAAAAAUGCAAACCUGCAUCGAGACACGGAGGUGACCGCUGUGUGCGGCUCUAUUGCGGGCGAAAUGGGCGAGGUUUCGGUCGCGGGCGAAGUGAGAGGAGCGGUCGAAAAAUUAAAGAAUAGUGAAGCUCCCCUCAGUACUUUGGAUAACGUUCCUUGUGAUGCCAGCGCCUCAAAUGCUAGUGUUCCGAGCUGCGAUGGAUGUGUUCAGAGCGCAGUGCCGGGGGUUAUCGAAGUCCCCCCUGUGCAGGAGGAUCCGGAGGAGAACGCCGAGGCGAGUCCGUCGUUGUUGAGGUGCGAGGAUCAGGUUAGUAACGGGAUGGGACAUGACUCGGAGCGGGCAGCAGAAGACAGCCAGGGAGGUGCCUCAAAGUUAGUAAACAACAAAGCCGGCAGCCUGUCCUCAUCUCCCGCUGGAGACAGCAUACACGCGAAGGCUGAGCUUCCAGCCUGUGGAGAAAGUGAGCAGACAAAACUUGCCAAACCGACUGCUCUGUGUCCGGACAGCGCGAACGCAGCGGACGGCAAAUCUGGACAGUCCGAUCACACCUUAUCGGAAGGACUGCCGAGUGGGAGUGACCCCGACCCCAGCCUCGGUGGAGAGUCCCGGAGCAUAGAUUCACUCGAGUCGUUCUCCAAUCUCAACUCGUGUCCAAGCUCGGAGGGGCUGGAUGACAGGGGACUGGCCUUGGCCUUGCAGAGCGAGUACGCCUCCGACGGGACAAAGACCUCCUGCGCCAAGGACCGAGCCGCUGGACAGUCCAUAUACCACAUUAAGUGGAUCAAAUGGAGGGAGGAAAACACGCCGAUCAUCACUCAAAACGAGAAUGGACCCUGUCCAUUACUGGCAAUCAUGAAUGUCCUUCUGCUUGCUUGGAAGGUUAAAAUACCACCUAUGAUGGAAAUUAUAACUGCUGAGCAACUGAUGGAGUAUCUUGGUGACUACAUCCUGGAAACCAAACCUAAGGAGAUAUCAGAGGUUCAGCGGCUGAACUAUGAACAAAACAUGAGCGACGCCAUGGCGGUGCUGCACAAGCUGCAGACGGGUCUAGACGUAAACGUGAAGUUCACAGGCGUGCGAGUGUUUGAGUACACCCCAGAAUGCAUUGUGUUCGACCUUCUCGACAUCCCUCUUUACCACGGCUGGCUUGUUGACCCCCAGAUGCACGACAUUGUGAAGGCAGUGGGCAACUGCAGCUACAACCAGCUGGUGGAGAAGAUAAUAUCCUGCAAACAGUCAGACAACAGCGAGCUGGCAGGGGAAGGCAUCGUGGCAGAGCAGUUUCUGAGCAGUACGGCCACUCAGCUGACGUACCACGGCUUGUGUGAGCUCACCUCCACUGUGCAGGAGGGAGAGCUCUGUGUCUUUUUCAGGAACAACCACUUCAGCACCAUGAUCAAAUACAAGGGUCAGCUGUACCUUCUGGUUACAGACCAGGGCUUCCUGACGGAGGAGAAGGUCGUCUGGGAGAGUCUGCACAACGUGGAUGGAGACGGAAACUUCUGCGAUUCAGAGUUCAGGUUGCGGCCUCCGUCCGAUCCGGAGACGGUGUACCGUGGACAGCAGGAUCAGAUAGACCAGGACUAUCUGAUGGCGCUCUCCCUGCAGCAGGAGCAGCAAAGCCAGGACCUGCAGUGGGAGCAGCUCCCCGAAGGCAUCAGUGACCUGGAGCUGGCCAAGAAGCUUCAGGAGGAGGAGGACCGACGAGCGUCGCAAUACUACCAGGAGCAAGAGCAGGAGCAAGCAGCGGCUGCAGCGGCUGCACAGGCACAAGCACAGGAGCCGGUUGAAGGAAGUGAGGUGGACAGAGGAGGAGCCCCAGCAAGCGCAGCAGCAGCAGCAGCAGCAGCACCUGGGGCCGGGGCCGCACCUGCUGGCGGGGCCACAUCCAGCCCGGGAAAACAGUCAUCAGGUGGGGAGCGCAAAGCCAAGAAGGAAUCGAAAGAAAAAGACAAGUGUGUUAUUUUGUAACACACAGCGUGUGAGCGUGCGUAUGUGUGCGUUUUCUUAUCUGUGUGAAAGAGACGGCACCGGUCUCCCUGCGAACCGGACAGACGGCGUGCAGCCGCCGCAGGACGACGACAACAACGGAGAGACGUUACUAACAGAGGACUGGUUGUUCCCAAAAACCACUGGUGCCUGUUUUCCUCAAUCCUCAGUGAAGCCUGAGCGUCGGAGGAAGGGACACUACAGCUACAGCAACUGGUCUUUCAUAGAGCCGGCCAAACUUUGUUACAAAUCGCUCGCUGCACCGUGGAUACGCGCCGCGGGUUGAAAUUUACCUGGGGCAGGCGGUGCUGUUUUAUAGAAAAGGAUAAAAAUCCACACUUGGUUUUUGUUUUUUUUUCCUUUUCCAAACGCAACUUAUUUCAUUUCGUUUUUCACUCGUGCAGCUUAUAAGCUUUUUUUGUAGGCAGCAAUAUUUACAAAACAUAGUUUGAAAGAUUUGCUUUUUUAUUAUUAUCAUUAAGUCAGCUGUUGAUGCCAAGAUACAAGUUUCGUUUAUUUAUCAGUUACACAGGUAGCUUUUCGGGAGUAUUUUUUUUGUUUUGUAAGCCGAAAAGGGAUUUCACUUUGAUCUUGCCUGUUUUAAAUCAGCUCUUGCACCACUUGUGUCCCUUCUGAAACACUACACACUAAGGGUUAAUAAUGCCAGAUAGCUGCCAGACACUGUAGCUGUGUAAUAAGACUUUAUGAUCACAGCUCGCUCUGUUCAGAUUUGCCUUACCAGAGUAUGGCAUCGUUGAAUUCUGCUCUGUCCGAAUGUGAACGAGUGCUUUGCAUGAUGCGACAGUGUGUGGCGUGCGUUCACUCAGCACCAUGGUUCUGACCAGUUUCAGUUUGGAAACACUCUGUUUUGUUGUAGGUGAGCUACACCGUCUUUUGCAGAGUAGAUUUUAGUUUUUAGUUUGAGUGCAAAAGCCUCUUCUCGUUUUUCUGUCUGGACGUCGGCUUCCUGACGAGAUGCUGGACCUUUCCUGAUAAUUCUGACCGAUAACGAAACGAUCCUGCUGUUUCUUCCGGGCCCCAGUAAUCAGUCAGUACAAAGAAUCUAAUUACUUGCAGUAAUUAUGCUUUUUCUUUAAAAAAAAUGUAAAAAGUAUCACAUGAUCUUUUUUCUACAAAUGCAGAACUGUGACCCUUGCAGAAACGUUUCUAUCAUCAGAGCAACAAACAAUCUCAAUGGACUAAUGAUUAUAGAUAAUUAUUUGUCAGUAAUGUAAUUCAAAACUUAAACUCAUGUAUUUUCUAGGUUUAUUAUACAAAUGUGACAUAUUAUAAGAUUUUAUUUUUGGUAAAUUUGAUCAUUUUGGCUUCCAUCCAAUCAAAACCCAAUCCUCACUUUCUCAAUAACUGAUCAUUUCAGUAAGAACAGUAAACAUAUGUUCUUACUACAGACAUCAUUUUUUAUAUAUAUAUUUUUGCUUUAGCUCUGGUGUUGCUCUGCAACCAGGCUGUGAAAACGAAUCAGCAAAAUAGAGUAAAUGCUGUAUUUUUCUAAAUUACUACAAUUAAAGUUGUAAUUUGUGGACGUCAGUGAAACAAACCCGCGUUUAAAUCCAGAUGUGUGAUUGGAUCAGGCAGACGUUUCAGCUCAGACUGCAGCGCUGACAGCCGACUCGGUUUCAGAUUCAUCCAGCUGGCUUUGUGUCAAGUUUCCUCUUCUUUGCAUAACUUUGCUCUGCAGCAUUUCUGAGGACUGAUUAUUUGUAUUUGUAGAGUUUAGGGCUAAGUGUUGAAAUUCACAAACAGAGCAGUCACGGGAGGAACAGGGUGCGUAAUUUUCCACGCUGAAAUUCUUUGGCAUCGCGUUUCAGUUUCGAAGCAUUUCUCUGCAACACUGAGCAUGCAACCACGCGAUGUGCAUAUUUAACCUGUUGCGUUCUUUUGAUGGGGUUUAGCUGGUUGUUUGUGCCAUUAUCGCACCGUGGGACUGCCUCCAGAGACAUUUUUCUAUCUAUACAUUCCAGCUGGAUGCCUUGACGCAAGCGCUCUGCCGUCACAGAGGGUCUUUGCAGCGCUUGUGAAACGGUCUCUGUUAUUUCCUUGAUUGAAAACAGAGUCUCUAUUAGGAGAGGAGGAUUAGACGGAAGCAGCAGGCGACCCGACUGUGUGGGGUAACCUUUGUUUUUUUGUUUUUGUUGUUUUUUUUUUUGAGCUCUGUGUGGUGGCACGCGGUUGGCUGUGUUUCUGAGACAAUCCAUACAUAUUUUCCACAACAGAACUACUCUCAGGCCCUUUUCUACGAAGGGACAUAUCCUCACGUGUCUUUUCUAGCGCGUACGCUUUUUAACGGCACAGUUCCUCGGCCUGCAGUCGCUUUCUCAGUCACGGCUUUUUAGUACUUGUAUAUGUAUAAACGCAGAACUUUUGACACUUUGAAGAAUUGAACAUGUCACUCUUAAGUUUUGAUCCACACACUAAAACCAAUGAACUGGCUGCCCAAAUAAAGACCACAGGGUUAAAUUACAUUAGGUGUGCGCACUUUUCAUAGAAGUUUUUUCUUCUUUUUUUUUUGUGCAAACGUAAUUGUUUUGAGGUUGUUACAUUUUUUUUUACUUCAUGUGUCUCGGCCAAUUAGCUGAACACGUUAUUAAACAUUCCAGUGAGUUUAGAGCAACGAAACAGGACUAAGGGAAAUCUGGAUUGUUUUAUGUUGGUUUGAACAUGUGAAGCGACAUUAUUACAAACACACUUCCUUGCUUUAGCUUGAUAUUCCUGGUCACUAUUACCUGAAUCUGACGUUUCAAGUGUUUGCUUCAUCCUGGGUCCUUAUGAUGAAAUAAUCAGAGGGAUAUUGUGUGUUCUGUGUCUCAUAGUGGGUUCUUGUAUGCUUUGUAAAAGUGACGGUGGGGUAAAUGCUGUAAAAUUAGUCUUUUGACAAGGUGAUCGUGGAACAUAUGUAUAUAUUUUUUUGCGAUUGGUUUUGCACUGUUACAUUAAUAUGCACUAACACGAAAAAAAACAUACCUCAUUUUCUAUUGAGCAUUAAUUGUGCAAGAGUGCUAUUGUUUUUUAUUUUAUUUUUUUUGUGGGGUACCUUUAAAAAAACAAAAUAAGAUGUAAAAGGAAAACAACAUGGCCAAUUUGUUUCUAAUGUUGCUUGCAGCUGAGUAAUAAUUAAUUGUAAAAGUCUGAAAAGGGCUGCUUUGGCUCAGACAAGAAAGUUUGUCAGAAAAAGGUAGCACCAGUUCAACACAACUUGCUGCAAUUUAAAACACUACUCAGGUUAGUGGUACAUCUGUCUUAAGGCUACCAAUGUACAUGAUUGAGGAGCAACACAUCACUUAUAGAUGAUGAGUUUUGUAUCAUAAGGAAGCAGAGAAAAGAUGUUGAAGGUAAAAAUCUAGAGUUUGAUUCUAUUAGCGGGAAAAAAAAGAAAUAGUUAAAGGGCAAGUAUCAUCACAUUUGCAAAUAAAAAAGUGAGCACUGAAGAGUAGGCAUGAUGUUACGUUUGUGCCAAACUUGGGCAUAACUCAAUGUUCUCCCCAGAAAGUAAUGACAGCAAAGUUUAAGUAUAUAAAGUCAAAGUUUUAUCUUGUGAGGAGUCAGUAGAAGUGUUGUCUGAGAGCAGUGGUUUGAAGACCUAACCAUCUGGCUCACUAUGGAGGGAUUUAAAAGCACUUUGUCAGGAGCUCAGCCUGCCUGUAAUAAACAACAGCAGCAAAUUACCACUUGUGAAAAUGCCUGUAGUUGGAAACACUAAAAUUUUGCCCACAUUCAGAUGUUGUAAUUCUGACCAGCAUUGUUUAUCUCCAGAGUAGCCUACUUUACUUUAAUAAGUGGUAGUGAUUGCCCAAGUUCCUCUUUCCUCCACACACAGGCUGUGUGACUCGUUAAGAUGUUCUGAAUCUUUAACUCUGUCUGCAUUACGUUUUCCUGUGGAAACAUGUUGGUUGGCCCUAAAAAUUCACUUCAAGCUAAUGCUAAACGCUAGAUGGAAAGAAAAUUAUAAUACUAAUAUACAGACAGGUUGUAGUUACACUUCAACACCUCUUUAUUUAGUGUAUUAAGAAACUAAUUAGCACAACUAAAGCUAAUUAUAGUGGCUAAAUCUACAUGUGGAGAACACAAAAAAGCUGAUCAACUUUAUGCUCACAAACAGCUUGAGCCACAUCAGCGGUCUGGCUUUAGAGGCUGUUCUGACUCUAAAAUAUGAUGACAUUUGCCCUUUAAAAAGUCAGUAGGUGUACUUCUAAUUUAGGUAGUAAUGUUUCAAGCCUGGUCCAUAAUUACGCUACAUAAUGUUCUCACAGAAGAGUGAUGUGCUUAAACUGAAAUGCAGAACGGCAAAGGUUUGCUUUUUAACAAGCGAGUGUUACUGUAGCAGAGGAAGCUGUUCAUUCAUUUGGCAUGAGACGCAUCCAGAGUGCUGCAACAAUCCAAUAGUUUAGUUUUUUUUCUUUUCCUUUCUUUGAUGCAAUAUCAGACUCCCAGAUUUAACUUUGUGAAGCAUGUGUAAGUGGGGAAUGAAAUGUUAGGCACAAGGAUAUUUUAUUAUUUACCACCAUUAACUCCGCUGUCUGGUCUGUUACGUUUGAGUGUCACAUGAACAAGCAAAAUGACUUUGCUUGAAAAUAUGGGAGGUUACUCAUUGUUGUCAAUUUCAUUGAUCAUUAUUUACUUAAAUUACCAAAUAAUGUAUGUAGCCUUUCACAUUACAAGUAACAUAUUGUAUAUGGUGAUGUGUGUGUAUAUAUAUAAAUAUAAAUAUAUAUAACAAAAUGCCUUAUAGACGAGGGACAUUCAACCUGAUUAGAAGUUACCUGGAUAAUAAAAAAAUAAGAUCAA